AUGAGUGUUCAGUCGGAUAUAAUCGAUCUUGUUAUUAAUGAAAGUGAACCUUUAAUACCUGCUGCUACUCAAAAGAAAUCACAUAUGUCAUGGAUAAUGGCUGCAGGACUUCUUGUUAAUGCAGCAAUGGGCGCUGGUCUUCUUAAUAUUGCCAAAUCUUAUGAUGAUGCUGGUGGAAUUGUGAUUAGUUCAAUUCUACAUGCUAUUGUUGUAGUUUUGGUAAUUGGUUCAUAUGCUAUUAUAUUUGUAUGUUGUGAUCAAUCAACACCAUCUUUUGAAAAGUUUGUUCUUAUAAAAUGUGGAAAAAUGUGGCAAAGAGUUUGUUCUAUUUGUAUUAUUUUAUAUAUGUAUGGUUUAUGUAUAACAUUUUUUAUUAUUAUUGGUGAUCAAUUAGAUCGAUUUCUGACAUUUGCUGUUGGUGAACAUUAUUGUUCUCAUUGGUAUCUUGAUCGUCGAUUAAUGAUUAUAAUUACAUCAAUAUUCUUAGUUUUUCCUUUAUGUUUUUCGAAUAUGCUUGGUGUAUUGGCAAUAAUUUACGUUAUUAUAAUGGUACCUGUUGAAUAUUUUCUUCAUCAUCCAAAAGGUAUUGUUACUAAAAAAAGUCCAGAAUCAUGGACAGAUAUUUUUCGUGUUUUACCAACAAUGUGUUUUUGUUAUCAAGCUCAAGUAAAUGCUGUACCAGUUUUUCUAUCAUUAAAAACUCGUAUUGAUUGUAUUAAAGCAACAUUAGCAUCAACAAUUGUUUUAAUUUGUAGUUAUUGUUUAGUAGCUAUUUGUGGUUAUCUUACAUUUGGAAUAAAUGUUGAUCAUGAUAUAUUAAUGUCUUAUGAUCCUAAAUUAAUACCUGUUCUUAUCGCAGUUAUUAUGGUUGCAAUAAAAACUUAUACAGCAUAUCCAGUAAAUAUAUUUUGUGGCAGAACUGCAAUUGAUUCAUUUUCUACAAAACAUGAAGAACAUUCAAUAAAACGUCGUAUUAUAAUUGUUUGUUUAUGGUUUUUUACGACAUUAGUUGGUGCUGUUUUUUUACCAAAUAUAUCAUUAGCAAUACAUUAUUUAGGUGCACUUGCAGCAAGUUUUAUUUUUAUUUUUCCAGGUCUUUGUUUAUAUUUUCAUAUUGAAGAAAAUUGGAUAUAUUCAUGGCAAAAUAUAUUAUCAAUUAGUUUAGCAAUUUUUUAUAUUGCUAUUGGUGUAUUUGUUACAUUAUUAACUUUAGUACAAUCAUUAAUGAUGGAUAUUAGUUCAAAAGAAAGUUCUAGUAGAAAUAUAUGUUAA